CGGGAAGCGGAGCCUGUAGAGAUCGGCGCAUGCGCGCGGCGCUGGGCGGGGGGGGAAGUCGCGCGGGCGCGCGCGGCGCCUUUUCCGGCGGCGCGGGCUGAGCAGGGAGCGGCGCGGCCAGCGGAGCGGCCUGAGGCGUGGACGCGGAAGCGCCCGCAUCCAUGAGGUGAUUCGGCGAGGCGAGGAGCCGGGCGGAGCCGCAGCCUCGGGCCCGGCGGAGGACAGAGAGGAGCUAUUCCCCCCCCCUACCUCCCCCCCCGCCCCUCCACGCACCCCCUCCCGCCUCCUCAGCCCCUCCCGGCCCUGCCCCGCGAACCCCGAGCGGUACCGGCCGCCCCCCGCCCCGGACCCCCCCGGUUCCCGGGCCCUUGGAUGCCGCCGAGAUGGGGAAGGUGCUGUCCAAGAUCUUCGGCAACAAGGAGAUGCGGAUCCUGAUGCUGGGUUUGGACGCAGCCGGGAAAACCACCAUCCUGUACAAACUGAAGCUGGGCCAGUCGGUCACCACCAUCCCCACCGUGGGCUUCAACGUGGAAACGGUCACUUAUAAAAACGUCAAGUUCAACGUGUGGGACGUCGGGGGCCAGGACAAGAUCCGUCCCCUCUGGAGGCACUACUACACGGGCACGCAGGGCUUGAUCUUUGUGGUGGACUGCGCCGAUCGCGACCGCAUCGACGAGGCCCGGCAGGAGCUCCACCGCAUUAUCAACGACAGGGAGAUGCGGGACGCCAUCAUCCUCAUCUUCGCCAACAAGCAGGACCUGCCCGAUGCCAUGAAACCCCAUGAAAUCCAGGAGAAACUGGGCCUGACCCGGAUCAGGGAUAGGAAUUGGUACGUGCAGCCCUCCUGUGCUACCACAGGGGAUGGACUCUAUGAAGGGCUGACAUGGUUAACAUCCAAUUAUAAAUCCUAAUGAGAGAAUAACUAUUUAGUCUACAAAGAAUUAAAGAGAAUAAAAAAAAACAAAACAAAAAAACAUCAAAAAAAAGCAGCCCACAUGGCUUUCCAGAAGAACGAUUCUCUACUGAAAAGUAAAAGAAAAAGCAUCCAUAGGAUUAUGAUCACCUUUCUCCAGUUGCCGCCCUUCCCUUCUGCACACUUGACUGGAUUCCUGUUUUAACUCUUCUCUCGCUUGGCGUUAGGAUGCUCUAAUCUCCGAAUGUGACACGAACACAAGCACUAGAUGCUAUGGCAGACUUCCAGCAAACAGGGGAAAGACACAUUGUAGACUUGUUAAGUAACCUCUUUUUUUUUGGUUUUUUUUUUUUUUCCCCUCUCGAGAGCCCUAUGGAUGGUUUGGUGGUGUUGGGGGUGGCGGGGAGAGGGAUCCCGGUUUCAGUGUAUGCUUUCUGGUUCUACUUUUUUGAUUAUAUAUAUAUUUUUUUUCUUCUCUCACUUGCUGUAGAUUGCUACUUUUUUGCAUUCACGCAGAAUAUGUUGGUAGGUCUCCUUCAUCUAGUAAACUGAAAGUUAUUGCUUAAAAUCAAACUGCAGUCUGUCUUUUUAUAUCAAGGGCUUUUUUUUUUUAAAAAAAAAAAGAGUUCUGUUAAUCUGUAACUCAACAGUGACUCUUGCUCUGUCUUCAUAUCUCAGAUUAAAAACGAAAUGGAUUCUUGCCUACUGAUAGCAAGAAUACCACUGUAACCUGUUCGAAGCACGCAGUGUUAACUUGGUAAAGUACGAACUGCUGUGAAACAUCAGCUGUGAAGUUUGAACCAUACAUCAUUGCAUGAGAAGGGAUGCAAAUAACUUCCCCUACCGCAUAGCAACCAUUUAGCAAAUAAGACAGGAAUGCUGUAAUAGUUCCAGGGGAGGUACUGUUAAGUUUUCGUCUCGCAUUGCUAACUUAAGCAAUGUUUAGCUGCAGUUUUUACUGCUCAUGUCAGUCUCUGAUUCAGUGCAAGGUGGGUUCCUUCCAGAAAAUGCAGCAAUAACAUCUAAGCACUGCAGCAAGUUUUUACUUUAAAUCACAGAUGUUUAGGGCAAAAAUCUAGCACCGAUUUGCUUGUCUUGUGAUGGAGGCGGAUUGCUUUCAUCGCAAGACAGCUAAAUUGUUAGAGGAUUUCCGAUUCUUUCCGACAUCUGUGUAGAGGAGAAAGACGUUUUCUUCUUUUCCGUUCCGCAGGGGUGAGUUCUGUGCCGAGCUGUAAUUGGGCUUGGUAGCUCGGACAUCUCUUAAUUGAGGCAAUCACUUCUCCCUUUAGUUUUCCAAGACUCGAUUGAACUCGUUGCAGUCUUUGCCCUCUGUCUCGGUAGCCGUGUUGUUGCUGUAGUCCUGUAGGAAGGGAACUGUGUUGGAUGUCUGAAGCCCAUUGAGUAACAACUAAUGAGAGCGGGAGGGGAGAGAGAGAGAGAGAGAGUAUACGACUAUGAAUGUAAACUUCCAUAAUUAGUUCUUAAAGGGCAAGCAGCUCAUUUGCCGUGUCACAGUUUGCAGAUGUGACUGGCAAACAGAAAACCCCACCCAGAGCAGUGUUAGUAUAAAAACUUGGGUGUUAACACUGGGUGCAAAACAUGAUAAAGCAGCUGGUUCUUAUUCAGCCUUAAGGAUUAACUUCAGAUUUCCUCAAGGAGUUAAACUCGAUUGGGGAAUUCUAGGAAUGUAUGCUAAAACCAGAAGAAAAUGGCUUUUUUUUUUUUUUUUUUUUUUUUUAGUUUUAUUUUCCAAGGAUAUGAGUUUUACAUGGAAUUGGGGGCAUUACACUACAUUUCCGCAGUGUUGACUCUGCAUGCUGAGCGCGUUGUAUACAGAGCUCUUACCAAAGAUGUAUGGGAAGAUAAAAAUACUGGAUUCACUUCUGCUAUUGAAUGCUUUGGACCACUUAACAGUUCCUUUGGGAUACGGUUCCAAGAGGCUUGUCUGGAUGUGGGUUGCAAAUGGGCUGGAAUGGGUUCUUGCUGCUAGAAGACAGAGCACUGAUUGAUGCUAAGCCUUUGUGAGUUAGAGAGUCUGCAAGAGCUCAAUGUCGAACAACUCUGAAAUCUCGGCUCUAAAGGAAAGGAGAUGGGAUUUUUCCCACCCGAGGCUCUUUGCCUUUGGAAUAUCAUUGCUCUAUUUUCUAGCUUUGUUUUUUGUCUUUUUUUUUCCUGUUGAUGUAACUUAAGGUAUAGUGUGGUGGUAUAAAGACUAAAAAUACAAGAAUAUGGUUACUGUUUUCUUCUGGAGCAUAAAUAAAAUAGCCAAGCACAAAGUAAAUGCCUAAACUGGAAAACUUGAAGCUCUAUUAAUGGUUCUUGAACUUUAUUCUCAGUCAACAUGGAAACUUCAAUGAUUUCAUUUCUCGUCUCAGUUGAUUUACUGUGUUUUCUCUUAAGUGCUGGGGCAGACUUCUUUGCUAGACUUUGCAUUAAGUUGAAUUUGCGAUUUUGUAUUUCCUUAGCAACUUUGUUAUUCUGUUUUUGUAGGUGAAAGGAAACCAAUUAUGCUUCUGGGUUUUUUUUUAAUGUCUUUUUUUUGGGGGGGGGGGCGGGGGGAAGAAGGGGGGGAGAAAAAGUUACUGAAACAUGUGGCAGAGACUUCAAAAAUAAACGGCCGAACAAAACACAAAGGUUUCACUUUCGACGUGUCCUUCACAGGUUGUAGCUGAACCUCACCACCAUCGAGUGGCUGCCAGGCAGCAAAGGUAGCCUGCAGGAUACAGUGGCGAUCUGUAAGAAAUCCCAUAAUUUAAAAACCAAUCUGGAGUUUUUUAAGUGCAUCGAUUUGUGUUCAUGUGAAUUUAUGGAGUAAGUUUUGAAUAGCGUUAAUUGUGUCCGAUCAGUGAAUGAGUCUGUAGACUGUGAUCUCCCUGACUAAAGUAAACAGGAAUUCUGUGUUCUCAAUAUGGCUGUAGUGUUGGUAAAGAACUAAUAAGCAGAAAAUAAAGCAAUUAUACAGCGGA